AUGGGGAAGUUGGAGCCAAGUAAGCUCAAGUCGCUGUUGCAGAACUACGGCUGCGUGAACGAGCCUUUCCGCCGCCUUGGCCAUUGCGGCCUCAAGCCUUCCGACGUCAAGGACAAGAAGGCUCACAUGCUCAGCUGGAACACCACCCUCGAGCACCUCGCGGAAUGUGAGACGUAUGGAGCAGCCGUGAAGUACUUCCCGCAGUUCAAGCAGGCCGUGGCCAUGCACCAGGACCCAGAGGAGAAUCCCGUGUCGCUGGACGUGCCGACUCAAGGCGAGGCAUGGCUGCCAGCGGUCUCAGUGCAGGGGCCUUACGAGCACGCCUUCUCCCCGACACAGGUGCAGAGGAGCCCGACUCCUGCGACCUCUCCAGCCGCGACAGUCCUGGAUCCUCUCUCUCAGCAGGAGCCGCCCUUGGAGCAGCAGGAGGCCUUGCAGAGCUUCGUGACGCCCGAAAGGAAGCGGAGAGGGGCCACUCUGGAGUCCAGCUUGACGCCAUCUCCGGGGACAGGGACACUGCGCCGGAAGCUGCACAAGCACAUGGGGGUGAAGGAGUACCCGUCGCCGACGCCGACGCCCUGCCUGGCGCAAAGCCUUGAGAGCAUCCGGGAGGGCAGCCCCCGUAGCCAGCAGUCCGAGGACGAAGCCGACUGUGCCGAGGACGUCUAUGGGAAUCCGGAGCAGGACGUGCCGGUAGAGAUGAUGGAUGAUCCGAUAGCCAGGCCGUUGCACUCGUGUCCGCAGAUACACGCGGCGGAGCUCGUCGCCUUCUACAUCUUGGAGUUGUCCUACCACGGGCAGCACAUCGGCUUCAUGGGCGCGGCUCUCAACUUAUUUGUGGAGCAGAGCAUCGAAGCCUUCAUGCAGCUCUACAAUGCGCAGGUGCAGGGCAAGUCGUCGAAGGUCUUCACGGUCCACAGGUUCUUGCUGAACUGCAUCGACGCAGGGUUGCUUCCACCCAGCAGCUCCUGCGAGUAUGUCCUCGUGAACCUCAGCAGCACGGAGCAAGAGCUCCCCCCUGGCAUGCCAGAACCGGCCAUCUUCCAGGAAAUGAAUCUUCAAGCACACCCGGAGGGCCUGGCGCUCCGGCUGCCGCCAGCCUUGAAUCCUGCGUGGAGCUACGACGUGUGCCCUGGCGACUGCAUCGACCUUCGCUUCUACCAGCAGCCCCUGGAGGACCGGGCGCUCUUGCGUGCCCGGUGGGAGGCUCUGCCCAAGCAAGAGCGCCGCUCUCACUACGUCUGGAACCUCUUCUGGGGCCAGCUCGGCCGCUUCUGGUCCUACAACCUGCCUGGGAUCCAGGCGCGCAUGGCUGGCUUGGACGCGGCGCUCUCCGAGGAGCUCGGCUGCUCCAGUGCCCACGACUGCCUCGGCGUCGUGCAUCUCUUGUGUACCUCCAGGUUCAUUAAACUCGGCAGCAGCAGUCUUCGGGUCUACGUCAAGGAUGCCGUCCGCCUCAAGGCCUGUCCGCUGCGUCGCAGCCUGAAUAGGUACGUCCGCCUGUACCUCCGUCCGCGCCAGGCCGUGCUGACCAGGCUUCCGGUGGUGAUGCUCACCCGGACAAGGGCCCAGGCGGCCCUUUUGGAGAAGUGGAUGCACUGCUGGCUGCGGGUCGGCCACAAGGAGGAGGCCCGCAUCCCCCAGGGAGACGGGCAGAACAAGACGUUGGAGCUCUACCAGCUCAGCUACCUGGACAUGAUCCUGGGCCAGCUGGAGAUCGCCGCCCAGAAGAGCGCCACCCAGUUGCUGGCCGGCAUCGAGGGCCUCAGCAACUACGAGGGCCAGCUUCAGCUGAGGGGCAGCCCGGAGGCCGCCGCCGCCGUCAAGGAGGAGCUCGAGAGAGAGCGGCGCCAGAGAGAUGGCUUCUUCCCUGCUUCUUUGUUUUUCUGCUCGAAGCUCGCUGCGGCCUCAGGUCCCCCGGGAAACUGGAGAAAGCAGGUCUUCUGGCAGAUGAAGAAGCUGAAGCUGAACGAGAACCAGUACAGCCAGGACUGCGUCAUUCCGGAAACCCACACCGCUGUCAUCAAGGAGUUGGCGGCAGAGGAGCUGCUACUGCACCUUGGGCAUUACAAGGACUCCCCCCCCCCCAAAGCCGGCUGCGAGGUCAAACCUGCAGCCAAUCUCCCGGCCUGGGCCAUCGCCGCCCAGGUGGCCGCAGUGGUUCAAGCAAAUGUGCAGCGUGUGGUGUUCAUGGGCAUGGGCGAGCCACUUCUCAACUAUGCUGAAGUUUCGCAAGCCAUCCGACUGCUGCAGCAGGAGGAGGAAGCCCUCGGCCGCAGAUGGGCUCUCACUGUGAGCACUGUGGGGGUUGCGCCCAGAAUUGUGAGCUUGGCUGAAGAUCACCCAGAGGUGGCCUUGGCCGUGUCUCUGCAUGCGCCAACGCAGGAGUUGAGGUCGCAACUGCUGCCGAGCAGUUCACGGCGCUGGCCUCUCGCAGACGUCAUGCAAGCAGUGCAGGUCCAUGAGGAUGCCGUGGGGCGCGUGCCGAUGUUUGCAUACACCCUACUGCCGGGCGUGAAUGACUCCGAGGCAAAUGCAGCGGAGCUGGCGGAACUUCUGCUGAAAAGGCGCUCCUCGGGGUCAUCGCGCCCCUUUGUCAAUGUUGUGCCAUACAAUGCCACGGAGGUUGGUGCGGCCGCUGGCUACCAAGUGCCCACAUCGAAGCAGCUCCGUGACUUCCGCGCGCUGCUUCGGUCAAAAGGGCUGCGGGCCACUGUCAGGUGGAGCACGACGGAGGGUCGAGCCAUGGGGGCGGCCUGCGGCCAACUCGCAGCUCGUGCAGUGGCGGCCGGGCAAGAGCAGGUUUCAAGCGAUGCUGAGCCGUCCCCGCCUGGAGAAGCGCUGCUGACUUGGCGCCUACACAGGGCUCGAAGAGAGGAGGCGCUGGAGCUCAUACGCGAGCACGCAUCAGAGAUGAACUCCAUCCACGUUAGCGCAGCGUUUGUGACGCUUGCCCGCUCCGCCGUGGGCAGCAAGCAGGGGCGGCUGCAAGACGAUGACGCCUUCGGAGCCUUGAUGCAUCGCACAGAGGAUCUUCUCUCUGACGAGUUUAGUGCACAGUGCUGUGCCAAUGUCAUCUGGUCCCUGGCAAAGAUCCGGGUCAAGCCAGGCAGAAAUUUCAAAGUGCUUCUGUUCAAAGCAGCAGAGCGGGAGAUCCACGACUUCUGGCCACGCAACUUGGCCAACUGUCUGUGGGCUGCUGCAAGACUUCGCUGCAGAGCGGCCGGCAUCGGUGCCGGCUUUUUCCAGCAGGCAGCGAGCCGGCUUGCAGCGGCUGCACCAAAGAUGACACCCGUGGAGCUCUCAAACAGCGCCUGGGCACUAGCCCAGCUCCGUGUUGAAGACAGCACCGACUUUUUGCAUGCCUUGGUGGCAAGUUCCGGACAACUAGACCGCUGGAAGCCGCAGGACAUCUCCAAUACUCUUUGGGCAUUGGCCGAGUUCCAGCACAAGCCAACCAGCGAGCUCAUGCACACCCUGGCCAGUGCGUCCCACGCCAGGCUGGACCAAUUCAAAGCAGAUGAGCUGGCCAUGUGCCUCCGUUCCUUCGUGCGUCUCCAACUGGGUCGUGAGGCGGAGCUCGUUCCUGCAGCAGUGCAUCAUCUCGGGGAGAAGGCUUCAAGCUUGCAACCGGCACGCCUAGCAGAUGCCAUUCUGGCUUUGGCCGAGCUCAACUGCAAUCCCGAGCAGGAGCUGGCAAAGUUGGGGCCGUGGCGGUCAAAGGCGGCCAUGGCAGCGUGGAAGGGCGCAGCACAAGCGCUGGAGACUGGAGAAGGGCAUGCCGCUGAGGUGCAGGUAAUCGGCCUGCAAUGUGAGUCAACACUUGAAGACCAUGUUUUUACCGUGACAAGUCCGGGUACGGGCAAGCUAAGUCGUGGAGGUGGCAGAGACCCACUUCCGGAGUUUACGCAGAAGGAAGCGGUGGUCAUACAGAGCCAGCACCCUCCAAGCAGCAUAUGCGGAGAGGCCUAUCAAUCCGCUGAGCUGCACAUUGAAGCGAAUGAUCGAGUGGACCCCCACAGAGAAGCAGAUGCUCCAACGAGAUGGCGCACCAUGCUCAUUGUGGAAGAACUCAUGGCUGUUGACGUUGGGGGAGCUGUGCUCUUGGGCAUCUGGUGGAAUGUCUUGGUGGUGCCCGUAAGCCACUGGCGCCGGAAGCUUUUGGUCGAGCAGGCCGAGAAAGUGCAGAGGAAGAGGCAGCGCGAGCUCCUGGUGGAGCGUGGCCAGGCUGCAAACGCGACAAGUUCGAAGCUGCUGCCCAUUUCCAUUUCGCAGCUUCGCUUGUUUCUACCCCUGCAGCGCAUCGACUGGCUGAACGUCUCCAACAAGCUCCGGGCCAUGAGACCUUGUGCUGCCAACUGCUACAUCCGCCAUGCGCAUGAUGUGGUGCAUCGCUCGUCCGAGCCAGUGACGCCCGAAGAGGAAGCCCGUCUGGACGCGGCCGCCCUUGAGCGAGGGCCGCUGCACUUGGAUGAGAGACUGGGCUGGCACUGGUGGCACUUUGGGGUUUGCACUUUGCAGGAAUAA